AGCCCUUCAAUGUCCUUCUUGGAUUGAGGGGCCCAAAACUGAACCCUGGAUUUGAGGUUCAGCCUCACCAGCACCGAGUCCAGGGGUCGAUCCCUUCCCCGCUCCUGCUGGCCACCCCAUGGCUGAUCCAAGCCAGGAUGCUGGUGGCCCUCUUGACCACCUGGGCUGCUGCUGGCUCGUGUUCAGUCGUUAUCAACCAACACCCCAAGGUCUUUUCCACCGGGCAGCUUUGCAGCCGCUCUCCCCCAAGCCUGGAGCUCUGUGGGGUUGCUGUCACCCAAGUGCAAAACCCACCACUUUUGGCCACCUUGGGACUUUCUCCAGGAGCCACAUCUUCCCGAGGGACUACAGAGGCUCAGCUCCUGCCGGAGGGUCCAUAUACCACAUGCCAGGUCACCAGCCAACCCACGGCCAGCGCCAGCCCCAGUGUCACCUGCCCAGAGGUUAAUCAUUGCCGGAGCAGCCGGGCCAACGCCGGUGUGAAAAGCUGUGCCAUUCCCAGGGCUGUUUUCCUUUCCUGAGCGUGGAACGCUGCGAGCAAACACCUGGCAGGGCAGGGUGCAAUGGUGACCCAUGGGAUGGGGGACCUCAGUGGGCUCCAGAGCACCGAUCGGGGCGGGCAGGACGCUGGCGGGAGGGAGUGCUCACUCCUGCCUUGCUUUGGGUUUUCUCAAGAAGGUUUCUUGGCACCUGCGAUCAUCAUGUUCAACCGAUAGAGGAUCUGGGGGUGGCUGCUUUCCCACAGUGUCAUCUCGUGAUUGCCCAUGAACCCAUCAGCCAGUCUUGGAGAACCUCGGCUUCUUGGAGGUCAGAGGGAAGGAGAGGAGAGAGGACUGGAAAUCUUGUCCGGUGAAGGAUAGAAGCACUCUUACUUCACGUUGACUUUGGCUGGAGGAGCUGCCAAAGGGCAGAUUGGCCUUGCUGGUGGAGGACGGUCACCUGGGGACACCCCGAGACGUUCCCAUCAUGGCACCGCUUGGCAUCGCUGUUUUCCAGCCCCGGGCAGGGCGACGUGGCGCUGCCCCAAUGCCACGAGUUGGGGUGUGAUAGGAGGAGCCACUUCAGCUGACGGAGGUGCCCGCUAUAAAGCACCCGCUGGCCCCAAGGAGAAGACAUUAGCGAGCCCACCAUGGCCAACGAGCUGCCCCUCUGCCUGUUCCUGGUCCUGCUGCUCCUGGCACCGGCUUUGCCUGCUCCGCACGCCCGAGGGCUCAUCUUCAACUUGGACACCGGCGAGCUGUGCAUGCAGAGCGCCCAAUGCAAGAGCGGCUGCUGCCACCGCAACGGUGGCCUCAGCAUGGCCCGAUGCGCACCGAAGGCGGCCGAAUUCCAGGAGUGCUCGCCAAAGAGCCUCUAUGGGGUCUACUACAACUGUCCCUGCGAGAGCGGCUUGACCUGCGAUUCUGAUAAGACCAUCAUAGGGUCCAUCACCAACAGCAACUUCGGCAUCUGCAAGGACAGCCGGGGAUCCAAAGGGUUGCAGUGAAGGAAAAAGAAUCCCUGGGGCUUCCCUGUGCUGCCCUCGCCUUUCCCCACCCCCGGGGAUACCCGGACUUGUCUGCAUCGCUCCGGCUACAGGGGGUCCAGUAAAGAGCAUCUGCUGUGAGCUGCAAGCUGGGCUUUUCACUUGAUGUAUCCUUCCAGCCUGGGAUGGGACAGCAGGGCUAGAAGGUCCUGGAAAAAUCUGCAAGGAUGUGGUGGCUUUGCCUACGCAAUGACAGACUCAGAGAGUUGGGGUUGUCCAGCCUGGA